CACGGCCACACUAUGCCUGUCUCUGUAACUUCCCAAAAUCAUCUCCUGCUCUCCAUCUUCUUCUCCCGUUCUCGAUCUGCUUCUCCAAGCUUCUUCUCCAGGCGGACAGGGAAGCGGCGGCGUCGAGCUAUUGGGACAGGAGCGGGGUCGGGAGGAAAGUUUCCUUUCCUUUUCUGAUCUUCUUCUCUGUGAAGUGGCGUUGCGUACAAAGAAUCCGUCUCCGGCGAGUCGAGGGACCUUAAGGCGAGGAGGCGGCAGCGUCGGAUUGUUGGAAGGAAGCGGCAGCAACUUCCCUCUCUUUCUCUGGUCUUCUUCUCCGGCAAAUCGUCGGCGUCGGGGCCUUAGUUAACUCCACCAUUUCUCCCUUAGCUGAAGCUGGAGAGAAUGGAGGAUGGCGGUUGGGUUCACGUUCCCCGCCCCGCUGAGAAGGACUACUGGAAUCCAACUGCCGUUCAGGAGAAUAGCAAUGGAGAGCCUUCUUCUUCCCAACCGCUGAAGCUGAUUUUCACCUCUCCGGCCAAGUACUGGACCGACGCCAUUCCCAUCGGCAAUGGCCGCCUCGGCGCCAUGAUCUGGGGCGGUGUUGCCAAGGAAACUCUCCAACUCAACGAGGAUACACUGUGGACAGGCAUUCCUGGUAACUACACUAACCCCAAUGCUCCGGCUGCUCUUUCCGAUGUCAGAAAACUUGUUGAUGAUGGUCAGUUCACCCAAGCUACUAAAGAAGCCAUCAAAUUGUCUGACCAUCCUUCUGAGGUUUACCAACUGCUGGGGGAUAUGAUACUUGAAUUCGACACUUCCCACCUCAAAUUUGACGAGGAAACAUACCACAGAGAACUGGAUUUGGAUACCGCUACAACAACAGUGAAAUAUUCCGUUGGAGAUAUUGAAUAUAAGAGGGAAUAUUUUGCUUCUUAUCCUGAUCAGGCUCUUGUGACGAGGCUUUCUGGAAGUGAGAAAGGUUCCUUGUCAUUUACUCUGUACAUGGAUAGCAAGAUGCAUCACCAUUCAUUUGUGCAAGAGAACAAUCAGAUCCAUUUUCAAGGGAGCUGUCCAGGGAAAAGGAUCCCGCCAAGGUUGAAUGCCGGUGAUAAUCCAAAGGGGAUUCAAUUUUCUGCUUUGCUAAACUUGCAAAUUGGCGGAGACACAGGAGUGAUCAGUGAUGUGGAUGGUAGAAAGUUGAAGGUUGAAGGUGCGGAUUGGGCUGUUAUUCUGCUGGUGGCUUCAUCUUCAUUUGAUGGGCCUUUCACGAAUCCUAUUGAUUCCAAGAAAGAUCCAUCCUCAGAUUGCAAAACUGCAAUGACUUCUUUAAGAAAGUUGUCAUAUGCUGAUAUACAUGCACACCAUUUGGAUGAUUAUCAAAGUCUUUUUCGCCGCGUUUCUUUGGAGCUUUGGAAAAGCUCUAAGAAUGUCUUAGGGAGUGCACAUUUGAAUGCAGAAAAGCAAAUUGCUGCUGACGAAAGUGUGCCCUUUACGGGAAGUGAAAACACCACUGUAUCAACUGCAGAGAGGGUGAAAUCCUUUCAAACUGAUGAAGAUCCAUCUCUGGUGCAACUUCUGUUCCAGUAUGGUAGAUAUUUGCUUAUAUCUUGUUCAAGACCUGGAACCCAGGUAGCAAACCUCCAGGGCUUGUGGAAUAAGGAUAUAGAGCCACCAUGGGAGUAUGCUAUCUCCCUCUCUCUCUCUACCCAGAUUGAUGUUUUUAAAUGCAAUUAUAUUUCUAUAUCUCUGUCCAUUGUUGAUGUAGGUUCGCCUAUGGUUAACAUUUAAGACAUUUGAGGGAACUUAUGCUAACAUGAUAAAGUUAAGUCUACGUUUCUCACUUUAAUCAUGAGAUCACGUACAGAAGCACUGAAAGUAAGCUAACUGGAGAUCAGGUGUUGAUCUUGCAUGAAACCGGAAGUUGGAUACUGCUCUGAGUUUAAGCAAGUUUGGUGUACUAACUCACUCUUAUAAAUUGUGCAUUUUCUUCAACAGUUAAUCAAUUUCAUUCUUAUAGAACUUAAUGAUGGACUCUUUUCGUCAUCCAAUUUUCCUCCAAUUGCUAUAGUGUCGUUCAUUCUGCUAUGCCUCAUUAUAAUCACAUUUCUAAUGUAACUCCACAGAUGUCUCCCAUGAGAAAGUCAUGCGAGUCACCACAAUCUCUUUGAUUUAAUACUACCAGGUCAUGCGAGUGCACUUUGAAGAAUCUGUUUCUUGUUUUCGUUUUUUUUAGCUGUGCUCAACACUUGAAUAUAAAUCUACAAAUGAACUAUUGGCCGGCUCUAUCAUGCAAUCUCAAGGAGUGUCAAGAGCCCUUGUUCGACUACAUUUCCUUUCUUUCGAUCAAUGGGACCAAGACUGCAAAAGUGAACUAUGAAGCUAAUGGUUGGGUUGUACAUCAAGUGAGUGACAUAUGGGCAAAAACAUCCCCAGACCGCGGAGAAGCUGUAUGGGCUUUCUGGCCAAUGGGUGGGGCUUGGCUUUGUACCCAUUUGUGGGAGCAUUUUGUUUACUCAAUGGACACGCAAGUGUGAGCUACUCAACAACAAUGGACACGUCAAUUAUAAAAGAAGUUUUCUCUGAAAUUCUCUCUGCAGCUGAGAUUCUAGGAAGAACAGACGAUGAACUCAUUCAAAAAGUCCGCGAGGCUCAGCAGCAGCUUCCACCUACUAAAAUUUCUAGAGAUGGUACCAUUAUGGAAUGGGCUUUGGAUUUCAUUGACCCAGACAUUCAUCACAGGCAUCUCUCCCACCUCUUUGGAGUGUUUCCUGGGCAUACUAUUACGCUUCAGAAGAAUCCAGACCUCAGUAAAGCUGCAGAAAACACCCUGACAAAGAGAGGCGAGGUAGGUCCUGGAUGGUCGACUAUGUGGAAAGCUGCACUCUGGGCACGUUUACACAGGAAAGAGGAGGCAUACCGCAUGGUUAAGCAUUUGUUUGUCCUGGUGGAUCCUGCUCAUGAAAGUGAAUAUGAAGGAGGACUUUAUAGUAACUUGUUCACUAGUCACCCGCCAUUCCAGAUUGAUGCCAACUUUGGUUUCUCGGCAGCAAUUGCAGAAAUGUUAGUUCAAAGCACCGUGAAAGAUCUGUAUCUGCUCCCUGCUCUUCCUCGUGACAAGUGGCCUAAUGGCUGCGUUAAAGGACUGAAGGCGCGAGGCGGGGUAACAGUGAAUGUUUGCUGGAAAGAAGGUGAUCUUCAUGAAGUUGGUCUUUGGUCAACAGAUGGGAAUCGCAUCCAGCGUUUACAUUACGGAGGAAGGACGGUGAAUGCAAGCCUAUUAUCCUGUAAAAUAUACACAUUCGACAGUGAGUUGAGAUGCAUUAGAACCUACUCACUCUCACAAGUAGCUUCUUGUUGAAUGUUGUCACGGAAUAAAUAUCUAUAGAUCUUUAGAUAGAGGAAAAGUUUAGCUCCUUUUUCUUCUCAGACAAACCAAGUGGGUGUUAGAUUGCAUCUGGUAACCUCACCCAAGAGUCACAAAUUGUGUUCCAUUUGGGGAAAUGCUUAGUUGGUUUUAUAGAUACAUUGUUUUCUCUAUAAUCUGUCUCAGUUUGACAUCAUGCCACUGGAGAUCAAGUGGACCCAGUUGAAACCUUCAAAUACCUCCCUGUUAGAAACCUAUUAUUGUUAGAAACAUAAUAUUAGGGGUUUUAGGAGUUGGGCUGGGCCUAGUAGAAUUAAGAUUAUUAUUAGGGUUU